AUGCCCCGCAGCCGACGUUUGCUGGCAAGAUCCGUGCGGAUUCUCACCCAGGUUGCAAAAGACAUCUGGGACGGACAGCUGACUCUGCGUGCGAUGAGUCUGGUUUAUACAACACUGCUGUCCCUUGUACCGCUACUGGCAAUCAGCUUCUCGGUCCUGAAGGGUUUUGGCGUACAUCGCGAAAUUGAACCUUUCCUGAUUACUUUUCUGGCGCCACUGGGUGACAAGGCGGAGGAGAUUGCUCUACGGUUUGUUGAAUUUAUCGACAACACCAGCGUGUCGGUGCUCGGUUAUAUUGGUUUCGGCAUGCUCUUCUACGCCGUUAUCUCUUUGAUGCAGAAGAUCGAACGGGCGUUCAAUUUUGUCUGGCGGGUGGAUCGAGACCGUUCGUUUUCAGAACGGGUGAGAGAUUAUCUGACCCUGAUCUUUGUAGGUCCGACGCUGAUGGUGGCAGCGACAGGGAUGUGGGCCACCAUCAUGAACACCAGCAUCGUGGAAACACUGGCCGAUGUUGCACCUCUGGGCUGGCUGCUAGAUCUGGCCACACGUGCCAUACCAAUAGCACUGGUUAUUUUCACUUUCACCUUUGUCUACGCCUUUGUGCCCAACAUAAAAGUCCGCUGGCGACCCGCCUUGGUAGGGGGUGUUAUCUCGGGCCUGCUGUGGAAUGCCGGCGGUCUGGGUUUUGCUGCUUUUGUCGGCAAUUCGGGAAACUAUUCCGCCAUCUAUUCGGGUUUUGCAACGGCAAUAUUUUUCAUGAUCUGGCUAUACGUGGCCUGGAUGAUUCUGCUGAUUGGCUGCAGCAUCAGCUUCUAUAUACAGAAUCCUUAUUUCGCCAGUCAGCAGUCGGUGAUUUUAAGUAUUCGCAUGCGUGAAAAGCUGGCUUUUUCUAUCGCUGCGAUAAUCGGCGAACGUUACUAUCAGGGUCAGUCGCCGCUAAGCGCUGACUCCAUCGCUGACAAACUGGCUGUACCCUCACAAUUGGUAGAGACUGUACUGGCACCCAUGGAAGCUGCACAACUGGUGAUUAGUAACUCCAUGCUACCCCUGGAAGGUAAAACAGCCAUAGUCACCGGCGCCGGCCGGGGUGUCGGCGAGGCCACGGCUAAACGUCUAUCUGCCGCGGGUGCCCACGUUGUGGUUAAUGAUCUGGAUGAGAGCGAAGCAAACGCCUGCGUGGCCGCAAUCAACUCAACCGGAGGUCUGGCAGUCGCCUGUGCUGGAGAUGUUACAGCCGCGAAUUUUCCCGAGCGCCUCAUCGAUACCGCGAUCGAAAGCUUCGGCGGCAUUGACGUUCUGGUGAAUAAUGCCGGUUACAUCUGGAAUGGCGCCAUUCAAAACCAUUCGGAUGAGCAAUGGCAGGCGAUGCUCGAUGUACACGCUACCGCACCGUUUCGGAUUCUACGCGCGCUGGCGCCAUGGCUGCGGGAGACUGCCAGGCGUGAGCAGGCCGAACAGGGCGCCGCGUCUGUACGCAAGAUCGUCAACGUCUCCAGCGUCUCCGGCACCACUGGCGCGGCAACUCAGAUUGCAUACUCGGCCGGCAAAGCAGCUGUGGUGGGUAUAACCCGAACACUCGCCAAAGAAUGGGGUCGUUACAACGCAACCGUUAACUGUGUGGCGUUUGGCCAUAUCGAAACCCGACUCACCCAGAGUUACAGCGGCGAGCCGCCCACCAUCAGCGUUGGCGACCGGGAUUUUCGUGUGGGUCUGAGUGAACAACAGAUUGAUUCAUCUAUGCGGGCUUCUCCGCUCGGGCGCAGCGGCAGACCCGAAGACGGACACGCAAACAUGGCAACGGUCAUUCUCCACCAGUUCCCCUCCUCCCACUACAACGAAAAAGCCCGUUGGGCGUUAACCUACAAACAUGUUGAUCACACUCGGCAGAGCUACCUGCCGGGGCCCCAUAUCAGCCAGAUUAAAAAGCUCUCCGGCCAGAGUUCUGUACCGGUCCUGGAGUGGGACGGCGCAAUUGUCCCGGCUGUGAGAACAAUAGCCUGGGCAGGAAUGAUCAAUCACAACCGAUACGCAACAAGUGUCUUCGGAAAAGGUAAACCGCGAUUCACCAUGUUUUUCUACCGGCUUGCGUUUCCUUUUGUAAAACCACUGAUCGCCAAAGCCAAUGGCGUAAAUCCUGAAAAUAUUGAGAAGUCGAAACUAAUAGUCCAGUCCUACCUUGAUGAGAUCAACGAAGCUGUGUCGAAUACCGGCUACCUGAUCAGCGCGCAGUUCAGUGCGGCAGAUCUGACAGCAGCAGCUUUGCUGGCGCCACUUGCCAACCCUGACCACGAAGAUAUGAAACGGCCUAGCCCGAUUGUCGACUCCUUCAAAGAAAUACUGGACACCUACAGCCGCCACCCCACAAUUAGCUGGGUCGAAAAACAAUACAGAGAGCAACGAAGCUGA